AUGGAGAACCAUCUACAGUAUUACUUUCUAACUUCAUUAAAGCUAAAUGGGCUUUCUAACAACAGGCAAAAUCCUGGAAGCAAUGGUCAAGGUUUUUCCAGCUUUGGUGGAGAUCUAGAGCAUAGAAGNGCCCUGCAUCCUCCAGCAACUAGGUUCUAUGAUACUCCAAAAAUAUGUAAAUUUUCGUGGUUGCCCAAGUCUAUUUUGCGGCUCUUGGAAACAUCAAUUCCGGGAGUAACAGAACCCAUGCUAUACAUUGGAAUGCUGUUUAGCAUGUUUGCUUGGCACGUGGAAGAUCAUUAUUUAUACAGCGUUAAUUAUCAUCACUGUGGAGCAUCAAAAACUUGGUAUGGCAUUCCAGGUCACGCAGCAUUGGAAUUUGAAAGGGUGGUGAGACAACACGUGUAUACUAAUGAUAUUUUGUCAACUGGUGGAGAAGAUGGAGCCUUUGAUGUUCUCCUGGGGAAAACAACUAUGUUCCCACCAGAUAUUUUGUUGGAGCAUGAAGUCCCUGUCUACAAGGCUGUUCAAAAUCCAGGGGAUUACGUAAUAACUUUCCCGAGAGCAUAUCAUGCUGGCUUUAGUCAUGGCUUCAACUGUGGAGAAGCAGUGAAUUUUGCAAUUGGUGAUUGGUUUCCUUUAGGGGCUAUUGCAAGUCAAAGAUAUGCACUUCUUCACAGAGAUCCUUUGCUUCCCCAUGAAGAACUUUUAUGCAAAGAAGCAAUGCUUCUGUAUGCAACAUUAAGACUUGAAGAUUCAGACAUUUUCCCCGAAGAGUUGUUAUCUCGUGAUUGUGUUAAGAUUUCUUUUGUUAAUUUGAUGCGCUUUCAACAUUGCGCUCGUUGGCUGUUAAUGAAAUCAAGGGCUUGUACAAGUGUUUCUUCACAUUCUCAGGGUACAAUUCUCUGUAGCCUCUGCAAACGGGACUGCUAUGUAGCUUAUGUUGACUGUGAAUGUCACCUGCACCCAGUAUGCCUUCGCCAUGAUGUAGAAUUUCUUGACUUCACCUGUGGGACCAAGCGCACACUUUAUCUUAGGGAAGAUACUCCAGACAUGGAAGCUGCGGCCAAGAGAUUUGAGCAGGAAGAUGGAAUUUUGAAAGAGAUACUUAAGGAGAUGAAAAGUGAAAAAAAUAUCUAUUCAUGCCCUUUGUCGAACAUGUUCCAGAUGGCUGAGGCUAAUGGAUAUACACCGUAUUGUGAGAUGAAAUUUGAUUCUAUUGCUAAUUUUUGUACCACCUCAAAGCUGUCAACAAACAAUCAAGAGCAUAUGCGAAGUCAAUUUGUUUCAAGACCUGAGGUAUCUUCUGCUUCAUCUACGCUAUGUUCUCUUUCCAAACCUCCUGAGAUCUCUGCUUCCAAUAUCGAUGAGGUGAAUGCUAACUUUAAAUUAGGCAGUCCUGAUUGUGAAGAGAAUUGUGAAAGAAUAUCCAAUGAUACUUCUGAGUCUUUUCAAUCCUCUCUUCAGUAUGAAUGCCCUAAUAAAUCUAUGGGUAAUGUGCGUAGAUUAGAGAAGAAGCUUAUUGUGGAUAACAAGAGUGACGAUUCUGAUUCAGGGAUUUUUAGGGUUAAGCGCCCUUCUUCUCUUAAGGCAGAGAGGAGAAAUAUAAGAGGUGCUACGUUUUCAACAAAUUCUGGACAGCAGGAACUCAAACAAUUGAAGAAAGACCUUCACGAAGGAAGGAGUGUGCCACAAGUAGAUAUGAGAAAAAGAAAGGAAAGGAGUUACAAAUAUAGUGACGGUGUUAGUCAUAAGGUUAAUAAUGGCAAAAUUUCCUCGAGGGACAAAUUUGCAAGGGGAAAUAGCAUUCCCGUAUCCGUAAGAUAUAAGAAGCGAAGUAAUGGGGAAGUUAAUAGACGACGACAUCAUUGCCGGACAGAUAGGUUGCUGCAUUCCAUAGAGGUUGCUCCAAAGCGCCUUAAAGCUCGAGACCCUUCAUUUAUGGGGAUAAACAGCAGAUUGAAUUGAGUUUUUAAGUUGUUGGCUGUGAUUAAUGGAGAACCAUCUACAGUAUUACUUUCUAACUUCAUUAAAGCUAAAUGGGCUUUCUAACAACAGGCAAAAUCCUGGAAGCAAUGGUAAAAUAGUUAACCAAAUAGAGAAGAAUACAUAUUCUUUGUGCAGGCCUGACAUUUGGCAAUCUGCAUGACAAGGUGAUCUUUGGGUUCUCAGGUCAAGGUUUUUCCAGCUUUGGUGGAGAUCUAGAGCAUAGAAUUAAAUGUAAAUGAUCAUUUUUUUUUUUUUCUGAUGAGUCGUUUAGGUCAAUUUAGGGACUCUGCUCCCCCCCUCCCCCAUUGUUUUCUCAAUUCAGGUCAUUAGCCUCUUGCCGUUGUCCACGUUCAUUCAUUCUUUUUGUAGCCUUGUACCUAGGACUACUGGAAUAAACUUCAGAGAAAUUCUUCAUUUCUUCUAAUUCGUGUUCUUUUCUUUUUUAUGGUUUCGCCCAUUAUGGUUUCGACGAUUAGGAUACUUUUAAUGUUAGUUUU